GAAAAUAAUAUCAACAAACUUGUACUGCCGAUUGUAUAUGCGUUUGUAAGCAUCGCAUACAUGUUUACAGGCAACUUUAUUGGACAACGUAUAAUUGAUCACAAUAAUGACGUAUUCGUUACUGCGUACAAUGUUCAGUGGUACAAAACUCCUUUACAAAUACAAAAAAUGAUACUAUUCCUUUUGCAAAGAGGAGGCAAGGAGUUUACCUUAAAUAUUGGUAGAGUAUUUGAUGUAUCCAUAGAGGGUUUUGCUACGGUAAUAGUUUUAAAAUAUUUGAAAAUAACCAUUAAAAAAUAUAUAAAUGAAAAA